CCACCUACAGGCUACAUAUAUGCCGCCACCAAGCACCAUGCUUAUCAAGUGGAGGUAGUCGCAAACCCUCGAUGGGGAAAUCGAACGCCGAGUUUGCCUUCGGGCCAGCGACCACCAUUCGGACGAUGCGCCCACGGAGCACGGUGCCUGGCGAUCGGGCACCCUAUUUCCGUUCUGAUGUGGUCUCCAGCCAAUCGUCGCGCGCUUCGUUGUGUGCGCGGUUGACAUGAUCUAUUUCGAACACGGGCGAAGCGGUCCUGCUUCAAAAGGCGCCGUACGCGACGAGAUCUUCCACGCUCUUGUCCCCUCCCUGAGCACAGUCCCAUGGCCCCCCAAUCGGCACUCCACCUCGCGGCGGCAGCAGCGGUGUUGCUCUCGUCGGCCCUUGUGCAGGCACAGACUGCUGCUGCUCCUGCUGCGGCCAGCGUCAGGUCGCUGUCCUCGCCCUUGGGCCCUGUCGUCGACCUGGGCUAUGCCGCUUACGCCGGCAACACGUCGCUCCCUGGCCUGACAUUCUUUGGUGGAAUCCCAUACAUCCAGCCCCCCGUCGGCAACCUUCGUUUCGCACCGCCGCACAAUCUCGACGAGAGCUACAAUCGACACCUCUCGAACGCGGACGUCGUGGACGCCCGCAACUGGGGUCCCAUCUGCAUCCAACAGCCGGCUGUUGUUGGCAUCGGCAGUGAAGAUUGCGUCACUCUCAACGUCUGGACGCCCUCCGGCACCAACCCGAACAGCAAGCUACCUGUUUAUGUCUACAUCCACGGUGGAGGCUACUAUUACAACUCCGCCCAAGGUUUCCCCGGGAAUGAUUGGGUCGCGCGGUCUAAUGGCGGUCUGAUCGCGGUGGCGAUCCAGUAUCGGCUUGGAAUGCUCGGGUUCUUGAACGGAGCCGCGAUCCGUGCGGACUACUCGGCCAGUGCCAACAACGGCCUCUUCGAUCAACGCGCUGCCCUCGAAUGGAUCCAGCGUCACAUUGGAGCUUUCGGUGGGGAUCCCAGCAAGGUUACCAUCGGAGGCCAGAGUGCAGGCGGCGGAUCGGUUGCCUUGCACAUGGCUGCUUACGGAGGGGAGGCUCACCCCCCGUUCCGCGCGGCGGUUCUCGAGAGUCCCGGAAACGAUCCCUUUGCGACGGACGACCACAGCGAGCAAUGCUUCGCCGAUGCGGUCUCGCACAUCGGCUGCCCUAGCAGCGGCUCCGGUGUCGUUUCCUGCCUGCGCAAAGCUUCGGUUGGAGCCAUCGUUGGCGCAGUGAACAACAAGCUGUCCACUUGCAAGUACGAGCCCGUGAUCGAUGGCAACUACAUCCCCGGCAUCACCUCCCAGCUGUUCACCGCAGGCCGGUUCAGCAAAGUGCCCAUUCUCGGUGGCCACACUGCCCAGGAUGGAUCGAUCUUCGUUGGUAAGCCGGCCCAGAUCAACACCGACGCCGACAUUGUUGCCGCCAUCGUCAAGCGUUACCCGUUGCUUUCAUCCCAGACCACUAACUCGAUGCUCGUGACAUAUCCGCCUGCGUCGAGCACCACGCCGUGGACCACCCAAUGGGAGCGGGCGAUGUGGGCCUACAUGGAGAGCGAGCUUUCGUGCUACCCGUGGUACAUCGGCAACAUCUCCGGCAAGCCUGCAUUCAACUACCGCUGGGACGCCCCGGACCCGAAUCUGAUCGCUGCCCGGGGAGCCUACGUCGGCGCCGCGCACACGGCGGAGCUCUUCUACCUCUACGACGGCACUAACUCGGGCCCCAGCGCGUCCGUCGCCCAGCCCGUCUUCACCGCCUUCAGCGCCGCGCAGUCGUCCCUUGCCCAGCAGGCGGUGGCCUGGUGGUCGAGCUUCGCGAUGACCCUCGACCCGAACUCGCACGCCGCGGCGGGCGCGCCGACCUGGGAGCCGGCGUCGCUGAACGGUGGAUUUAUGGUCCCCAAUGCGAGCGCCAGCUCAGCCUCCAGUGCCAUGCAGUACGUCGACGCGAACUACCCCGUCCGCUGCGCUUGGUGGCGCAGCAUCGCCAAUGAACUCAGGCUCUAGGCUUGCGCCUCCUUGAGUGAUAUAUAUGUAAAAACUGUUAUUUAUCUCUAUACAUAAUGAACAGAGAGCAUCUCGGGGACCAUCAUCAUUGUUUGACUGGUAAUCAACCUGCGGGUACAGUCCGUGUCUUGGUAUUGAUUAUGAUGGUCAUCCGACGAUGAUUCUUUUGGG